AUGGAUCGAAAAUCGACCCAAAAAAAAAUUACAUGUUUUCGAUUUUUACCAGAUGAAUUGUUGAGAGUAGAACAAAUUGAAAACUUUCAUGAUAAAUUUGAAGAGGCAGAUUUAAAGAAAAUUGAAGCUGCAUUCGAGGAAAAACCAAAAAUGACACAAGAUGAUCUACGGCAAACACUUUUAGAUGUUAUUAAUUUCGAUCCUAUAGAAGAAGCUUUCUCCAUUUUAUUUAUGAAGAUAAAUAGUACAAGAGAUGGUUAUAUAACUUGGGCUGAUUUUACAUCUUUUUUAAUUUUGGGAUUUGAAGAAAAAAGACUCCGCACUGAACACUUUCCAUUAGAAGUACCAAUUAAAGGUUUACCACGCAUGUACAAAAGUCAUCAUAGACAACCAAUAAUACGAAUAACAUGUUGUCCAGCAGUAUUACCUGAUAGAAGUUCAAGUUGGCUUAAUGGUAACUAUUUAACUGUAAGCAAAGACGGGUGUAUUAAUUAUUGGUCAAUGGAUUUUAAUUGGUCCCGCACAGUGUAUUCUAAAUGCACUACUUUAAGAGUUCAACCAACAUUGAUUACUGAUUUGGUUGCUCUACCAGAUGUAAGUGUGGUUUGUACAUCUAGCAUGGAACGAGAUUUGAGAUUUUAUGAUACAUCUGCAAAAAAAUUUGAAUUACGCAUUCUACUGGCAAGUUUAGAAUAUGCAGUGAAUACAAUGGCGUAUCAUUGCAAUAUAAAUGACGAAGAAAGUAAAUUAAUAUUAGGCGACCAAGGUGGUCAUGUUCGUAUUAUUUUUAUAAAUCCCAUUCGUCGUGGUCCAUUCAAAAGUGAACCCGGAUUUCUUUUGCGACAAGUACUAUGGGAAAAAUAUAUAAAAAAUAAUGCCGAAAUUCCACGCUCAAGAGUACUUGAAUAUCGAAACAUUCACACCGAUUGGGUUCGUCAGGUGGCAUUUUAUGCAAGUUUGAAUUGUUUUAUUUCUGCAUCAAAUUGCCAAAAAAUGGGCAUGUACAUGUCAGAUCUCUGCCGAAAGUCUGUGUAUCCAUUUAAAAUUACAUCUGGUGUAAAUUGUUUUGAUUUUGAUGAAGCACAUCAUAUUAUUGUGACGGGAAGUAUGGACACGAUAGUACGUGUUUGGAAUCCAUUUGUACCCCAAAAACCUAAUGCUUUGUUGACUGGUCAUCAUAUGGCUGUGGUUGCUGUUUCCAUUUUAAGUGAAGGUCGGUUAUUAUUUUCGAUAAGCAAAGAUAAAUGUGUUCGAAUUUGGAAUCUAGCAGAGCAAAGUUGUAUUCAGCAAUAUAUUUCAUUACCAAAUAAUUUGGGAGAACGGUGCGAAUUAACUACAUAUUAUAAUCCGAAAACAAAAGAAAUUUAUAUUGGCAGUCAAAAAAUUGCUGUAUUAACAAUAUAUGGAACAUUAAAUCCAGAAGAAACUGAUGGUUAUACCCAUACAGAAGAAAUAUCAGUUGUUCUGUAUAAUCCUCUUUUUAAAAGAAUUGUAACUUGUGGAUUCGAAAGUACCAUUAUUACAUGGGAUCCAUUUACUGGUACUCGAUUGAUGGUCGUAAAAAACGCACAUUCAAAAUUAUCCCUUGGUGAUUAUGUACCAGUAGAAAUUACAGCUGCUACCUUUAAUCCCGGAAUGCAUUUGCUUUUGACUGGAGCACGGGAUGGAUCUUUAAAAAUAUGGAAUUUUAAUACAGGAAUAUGUGUUCGUAAUAUGAAUAUAGAAAAAAAUUGUAAAGUCACAGCUGUUUUAUGGAUAGAAUUAAGAAUUUUUGUUGUGGGAUGGAACAGAUACGUUACAGAAUUUGCAGACGCUAAUACUUCAAGCAAUAAAAAAUGGGAUUUGCGACAUAUGGAUGAUAUUCUUUGCGCAGACGUAAGGGUGCCACAAACUCUGGCCACAAGCUCACAUAAAGGUGAGCUUAUAUUUUGGCGAUUAGAAACUGGACAGCCUUAUAAGUCAUUUAAUGUUGGGAAUCCAACUGGAAGAAUACAAUUACAAUAUGCAAAGAAUAAAGAGGAAUCGCAAAGUAUAGGCUCUGGAUCAAAAUCGCCAAGAGUUGUAACAAGUAACAAAGACAAGCGAUCAAAAUCCGGUGCAACUGAAGAAAAACGUCUGGCGUUGCCAUCAGAACCAAUCACGUUGCAAGCAUUAACAGCUAAAGCAAAAAAGUUAUCUGUUACACAGACCAUCACUGAUUGUAUAAAUUUACGACCCAUGGCUGUUCAUGCAAUGUUGUUUUUACAAAAUCGACCAAUGCGAGCUAAUAUUGGAACCCUAGUGGUCGCAGUUGAUAAUGGAAUGGUACAAAUAUAUUCACAUCAUGGAGCUGGUGGUUUUCUAUCUUCAUUUUCAGCAAUUCAUUCUAACAGAGAUUGUGUUAUUUUUUUAGAAUCCGAUCAAAAAAAUGAAUAUUUAUUUACUGGUCAUAAACUGGGAUAUGUAAAAAUAUGGUUAAUAAUUAACUACUUUAGUGCUGAGAAUGCCGAAAUUUUUAUGCCAAAAUACAGAAUAAUUUUUCCAUUUUUAUGGACAGAUCUUAUUCAAUGUCGAGCUAAACGAGCGGUUCGUGACCAGGCGUUACCUUUGUUAUGUAAUAGUUUUCAAGCACACUUAAAGCCUGUAACGGGUAUAGUUUAUAUAAAUGAAUGCCAAAUAUUUUGCAGUUGUAGCUCUGAUCGUUCAGCUAGAUUGUGGACACUUGGAGGAAAAUAUUUGGGAACAUUAGGAACUUUUCGGUCAUGGACACAUCUGCCAUCUUAUGGAUUACCGCCCGAUAAUAUAGAGUAUCGAGUUCCUCCUGAUGUGAAACGUGUUGCUAGUUGGACAACAUUAAAGGUAAAUAAUGGAGGGCUUGCUUCAUGUACUGUCAAGAGAAAACCUCCCGAAGUAAUACAACCAUUAAAUCGCGAGGAACAAGAAAAAGGUGUAUAUGGAUCUAAACUGGAAGCGCCGGUUCUCGGACACCACUUUAGUUUACCUCUUCGGAAAACCCGUUCGUACAACAUCAAAUUGGACAAUUCCUUACCUGUAAUUCCUAUUUAUAUUCACAUCAAAACAGAACCAAUAAAGCAAGAAGUUAAUAGAAUUAAUACACCACGUGCUCUAGCUGAAAAUAAGUCUGUCAAACGUACAGGCAUAUAA